CAGUGUGCGAUAGAGACAGUGAAGAUGGCGGCGCAGGAGACUCAAGCAGUACAGCAGUCGUCCGUCAGCAACGGAGAGGUGAGCAGUAAUGGAGCAGCUGCCUCAGGUCAGGUGGCUCAGAUGGGUGCAGUUGCCCAGGACCCCCAACAACAACAACAACAACAGCAGCCCAAUGCUUGGCAGGUGAUUAAAGGUGUUCUCUUCAGGAUUUUUAUCAUCUGGGCUAUAAGCAGCUGGUUCCGCAGAGGUCCAUCAACUCCAGAUCCCAGCACACCUGCUGGAGCUCCACGAGUGCCAAGCCGCAACCUCUUCCCCAAAGACACCCUUAUGGAUCUAUAUAUAUAUCUCUCUGAGAAUGAGAUAUUUACAGAUUUCAACGACACAGAAGCCCUAUUCUGGUUCCAGCCAGAUCUGGUGUAUGGCGACUGGACCACAGGAGACUCAGGGGAUGGCUGCUUUGAGCAUUACAAAGAAUUGAGCCUCUCUGAGAGUUUGAAGCAGAACGGUUCUAUAUAUAUCCACAUUUACUUCACCAAGAGCGGUUUCCACCCAGACCCCAAACGCAAGGGACAGUACCGCAGGCUAUCCACUGUUUAUGCCACUCGAAUGCUUAACAAGUACAAGCGGAGAAAGUUCCUCAAGACCAAGAACUUAUUGACAGGAGAGACUGAAGCCGAUCCAGAAAUGAUCAAGCGGGCAGAGAGUCACGGGCCUGUGGAGAUCAUAUCUCAUUGGCAUCCCAACCUCACCAUCAACAUAGUGGAUGAUCACACAGCUUGGGUGAAAGGCUCCGUCCCCCCUCCCCUGGACCAGCAUGUGAAGUUUGAUGCAGUGAGUGGAGACUACUACCCUAUUGUGUAUUUCAAUGACUACUGGAACCUACAGAAGGACUACUACCCCAUAAAUGACACCUUGCAGAUUCUGCCACUGCGACUCAUCUACUGUCCCCUCUCAUUGUGGCGCUGGCAGCUGUAUGCUGCUCAGAACGCUCGCUCACCCUGGAAUUUCCUGGGAGAGGACACUUACGAGCAGUCAGAUGAGGACCAAGAUUCUGUUAAGGUAGCUUUACUUGAGACCAAUCCAUAUCUCCUUGGCCUGACAAUCGUUGUUUCCAUCGUCCACAGCAUUUUUGAGUUCUUGGCCUUCAAGAAUGAUAUCCAGUUCUGGAACAGUCGUCAAUCUCUUGAGGGGCUCUCCGUGCGCUCCAUCAUAUUUGGGGUGUUCCAGUCUCUGGUAGUGCUGUUGUAUAUCCUGGACAAUGAGACCAACUUUGUCGUGCAGGUCAGCGUAUUUAUCGGACUGCUCAUCGACUUCUGGAAGAUUACCAAAGUUAUGGAUGUCAGGUUGGACAGAGAGAACAGGAUUGCUGGAAUUUUCCCACGGUUGAUAUUCAAAGACAAGUCCACAUAUGUGGAGUCUUCAACUAAAAUCUAUGAUGAUAUGGCCUUUAAGUAUCUGUCCUGGCUGUUGUACCCUCUCUUUGGGUGCUAUGCAGUUUAUAGCUUAUUAUAUGUGGAGCACAAAGGCUGGUACUCAUGGGUACUUGGUAUGCUCUAUGGGUUCUUGUUAACCUUUGGUUUCAUCACCAUGACACCACAGCUCUUCAUUAACUACAAGAUGAAGUCAGUAGCCCAUCUUCCCUGGAGGAUGCUCACCUACAAGGCCCUGAAUACCUUUAUAGAUGACUUGUUUGCCUUCGUCAUCAAGAUGCCAAUGAUGUACAGAAUAGGUUGUCUCAGAGAUGAUGUGGUGUUCUUCAUCUAUCUGUACCAGCGCUGGAUUUACAGAGUGGAUCCCAACCGUGUCAAUGAGUUUGGAACCAGCGGAGUUGACCGAAACAAGGACAGCUCAGACCAGCCAGCAAUUGACGACGCAGUCGCUGCCAUCACAGAUAAAUCAGAGGGGGAGAAGAAGAACGAUUAACCCCUUUUUAAUCCCCACCCUUACCCUCCAGUCUUGCGAAGGUGUAUUCAAGCAUCUUCAAGGCUGAGUUCAUGUUUAAUUGUCAGGGAAGGAACUGGAUUAAUGGUAUUACGUUGAAGACUGCAGGAAAAAAAGUUCCUCCGUGUGCAAUCCAUGGGAAAAAAAUAAUUCUAUUUAAUGUAGACUUCGUGAAAUAAUUUUUUUCAAUCUCCCAUAUUUUUGCAGUCAAAGUGAAGUAAAAUGUGAUGUACUGUAUUGUAUAUUUUGGGGUUGGUAACACUAAUAAUUUGAAGGUUUAGGUGGACUGUAAUUAAUCAUAUUGGCUGGAGUGAAUAGAGCGAUUGCAGUACAUAUAUAAUUUUUUAUACAGUACAAGAGAAAGGAAAAGAGGCCAAAUUGAGCCUCGCUGUUCUGAUCCUGUGUACUAAGUUCAUUUUCAUUCCAUGUGUGAAGAGGUACCAGGAAACCGUAGUGUAGGACAGAAGAGGCCUGGAAAGACUAGCCAAUUCUGUUCAAACGCUACCCAUGCGAGACAGACUUUCCACGUUUUUAAAACAAUUGAUGUUUCAGAUUUGAAAAGAAAAAAAUAACAGCCUUGUAGGAAUUAAUAUAUGAUUAUAUAUUAAUAUUAUUAAUAACCAUGAUCAUGAUUUUUCUUGUUUCUAAGAACCUGAGUUUUCUUUUGUAUCCCAGCUUGUAAAACUGAAAUUGUGCUAACAUCAACAUGUCUAGCAAUAGCUCAAGUGCCAGUCCUCUUACUGAGAACUUGUUUCAUUACAUUCACACUCCAAAGCUGGACCACCAUGUGUCCAAGUCGGCUCGAGACGGCACAGUCCAAGAAUGCUUGAGACAAAAUGCCUGGUCCUUUUUUUUUUUUUUUGGUGCCGUAAUUCUGAAUUGAUUGGGCUUUUAUUUUGUUACGUUCAAAAUUUGAUCACUCAUGUUUCUAGUAAAGCAUAAGUGCAGUUUAAAGCAGAAUCUGUUAAGAGUUGUCUUUGUUAUUUUGUCUUAUCUGCUUUUGACAGACUCCCAUACAAAAAAAGAAAACAUGAAAUAUAUCAAAUGAAAAUGAUCAUGCAAAGAUUUCAAAAAGUAAAAACUUCAAAUAAUGAGAAAGUGUUAAACGUAUGUAAUGCGUAUUCUGCCCUAUUGUUUAGCAUGUAUCUCUUUUGCCUGUGCAGAAAGUUCUGGCACUGCAUCUUUUGUUCAUAUUUAAAUAUUUAUGGUCUACAUUAUUCAUUUACAUUUGAGCAAUGUGACUGAGCAGAAGAAAAGCUCUGCAUUAUUUUCUAGAAGCACAUUUCAUUAGUAUAGUGGCAUUGUAUGAGAACCAUUGCCAUUAGUUCGAUUUGUCUGAGGCAGACUGAAUUAUUUAGAUAUUUUGCAUGUUUUACAAUGAACAUGGUUAAAGAAUCAUGAACAUGGGUUAAAGAAGAUCAAACUAUGGGCAAAGGGGAAACACGUUAUUUUCUAUGCAUACCAGGACAAUUUGGAGCCUCAGAUGUAUAGAGGAUUACUUUGCACUGUUAUCCAUUAUCAACAGAUUUCAAAUCUUGGUAGAGUUUUGGAAGAUACAUAUAAUAAUUUUAUUCUCAAAUUCUCUGGUGUGUUGAGCCUUUUCACCAGCUGUAUCAUAUAAUAAGACAAUAACUUAAUCAUAAUAAACCACUACAACAUUGUAAAUGCUAAUAGAUGUAGCAUAAUAAAUCUAUUUAGGUGAAGCUAAAGAGAGCAAAUGAGCUUGUGACAAACUAAGUGUUUGGUAACGCUUUACAAUAAUGUUCCAUUAGUUAACAUGAACUAACAAUGAACAAUACUUUUACAGCAUGUAUUAGUCUUGUUUAAUGUUAAUUUCAACAAAGAUGUAAUUCACCCCAAAAAUUGUUGUCAUCAUUUACUCACCUGCAAAAUGCAAAUGAAGAUUUUUAGAUGAAUAUCUCAUUGCAAGUGAAUGAUGGCCAGACAUUUGA